GCAGCGGUUGACAUAGAAACCCCUCUCCGGGCUCUCCGGGGCCCUCAGCAUCGCCCACCCUCCGCCCGGGGGACGCGGCGCGGUGAGAAGCGGUGCCGCGGGGUGGGAAGGGCGGCGAGGCGGAGCCGGCCGUGCCUACGAGCGCGGAGGGAGCCGCCGGGAGCCCGCGGCCCCGGGCACAGCCGUGGGACACCAUGAGCCAAACGCAGCCCUACGGUCCCCGGAACGGCGGCUCCCCGGCGGCCGGCGCCCGGAGGAACGACAGCCAGGACUACCUGCUGCUGGACGCCGAGCCGAGCGACGACAGCGCCCUGCCGCCCUACGCCUUCUACCCCGUCCGGGGCAACGAGAACAGACUAGCGCUACGACGACAGACCAUUCUCCGGGAGAAGGGGAGGAGACAGGCCAGUCGAGGGCCAGCAUAUAUGUUUAAUGACCACUCAACAAGUCUUUCUCUUGAGGAAGAGCGCUUCUUGGAUGCAGCAGAAUAUGGAAAUAUCCCAGUGAUUCGCAAAAUGCUGGAAGAAUGUCCCUCACUCAAUGUCAACUGUGUGGACUACAUGGGGCAGAAUGCCUUGCAGCUAGCUGUUGCUAACGAGCACCUGGAGAUCACAGAACUUUUGCUGAAAAAGGAGAACCUAUCUCGGGUUGGGGAUGCCUUGCUUUUGGCUAUUAGCAAAGGUUAUGUUAGGAUAGUAGAAGCUAUCCUAAACCAUCCCGCGUUUGCAGAAGGCAAGAGGCUUGCAUUAAGUCCUAGCCAGUCAGAGCUCCAGCAUGAUGACUUCUAUGCAUAUGAUGAAGAUGGAACACGGUUUUCUCAUGAUGUUACACCAAUCAUUCUGGCUGCUCACUGUCAUGAGUAUGAGAUUGUCUACACUCUACUGAGAAAAGGGGCUCGGAUUGAUAGACCACAUGACUAUUUCUGCAAGUGCAGUGAAUGCAACCAGAAACAAAAGCAUGACUCUUUCAGCCAUUCUAGGUCCAGAAUCAAUGCCUACAAAGGUCUGGCCAGCCCUGCUUAUUUGUCUUUAUCCAGUGAAGACCCUGUAAUGACUGCUUUAGAAUUAAGCAAUGAACUGGCCAGACUAGCCAACAUUGAAAAAGAGUUUAAGAAUGAUUACAAGAAAUUGUCUAUGCAAUGCAAGGAUUUUGUAGUUGGAGUCCUUGAUCUGUGCAGAGAUACAGAAGAAGUGGAAGCUAUUUUGAAUGGUGAUGUAGAGACGAGCCACAGUAGUAAUGGAGAACACAGUCGCCCCAGCCUUAGCCGCUUAAAACUAGCAAUCAAAUAUGAAGUAAAAAAAUUUGUAGCACAUCCAAACUGCCAGCAACAACUUCUCUCCAUCUGGUAUGAGAAUCUGUCAGGUUUACGGCAGCAGACUAUGGCAGUGAAGUUUCUGGCUGUUCUUGCUGUUCCAGUAGGACUGCCUUUCCUUGCAAUGGCUUACUGGAUUGCUCCUUGCAGUAAGCUGGGAAGGAUAAUGCGUGGACCUUUUAUGAAGUUUGUAGCCCAUGCAGCUUCCUUCACCAUUUUUCUUGGUCUGCUUGUCAUGAACGCAGCUGACAGAUUUGAUGGCACCAAGCUCCGGCCCAACGAAACUACAGGCAACGUAAAACAGCUGUUUAGAAUGAAAACAUCCUGUUUCUCAUGGAUGGAGAUGUUAAUUAUUUCUUGGGUAAUAGGCAUGAUAUGGUCUGAAUGUAAAGAAAUUUGGUCUCAAGGUCCAAAGGAAUAUCUUUUUGAAUUAUGGAAUAUGCUUGAUUUUGGUAUGUUAGCAAUUUUUGCAGCAUCAUUCAUAGCAAGAUUUAUGGCAUUUUGGCACGCAUCCAGAGCCCAGAACUUGGUUGAUGCAAACAUGAAGGAUCUGUCAAGUCCAACACUGGAGCCCAACAUAAAAUACUACACCUUAGCCAGGAUCAACUGGGAUCCAUCUGAUCCACAAAUCAUAUCUGAAGGCCUUUAUGCAAUUGCAGUAGUGCUGAGUUUCUCCAGAAUAGCCUAUAUCUUACCAGCCAAUGAAAGUUUUGGACCCCUGCAAAUAUCACUUGGCAGAACUGUGAAAGAUAUCUUCAAGUUCAUGGUGAUAUUUAUCAUGGUGUUUGUAGCUUUCAUGAUAGGAAUGUUUAAUCUCUACUCCUACUACCUGGGAGCGAAACAAAAUGAAGCAUUUACAACUGUUGAAGAAAGUUUCAAGACAUUGUUCUGGGCUAUAUUUGGACUUUCAGAAGUUAAAUCAGUUGUUAUCAAUUAUAAACACAAGUUCAUUGAAAAUAUUGGCUACGUUCUUUAUGGAGUCUAUAAUGUUACCAUGGUCAUUGUCUUACUGAACAUGCUUAUUGCCAUGAUCAAUAGCUCCUUCCAGGAAAUUGAGGAUGAUGCUGACGUAGAAUGGAAAUUUGCAAGGGCUAAACUUUGGUUUUCUUACUUUGAAGAAGGGAGGACUCUUCCAGUACCCUUCAACUUAGUACCAAGUCCAAAAUCUUUGCUGUAUCUCUUACUCAGACUCAAAAAAUGGAUCACUAAACCAUUCAUGUGCCAAAAGAAAAGCUUCCAGGAAGAUGCAGAGAUGAACAAGAAAUUGUUCAUUAGGAAACCAGGAGCUGAAGAAGCAGGGAGGUGUUCUUUUCUCUUUUAUUCUUAUAAUAAACUUGGUCAAAGGAAGCAGUCAAGUAUAAGAAGUUCUGAUGAAAUCCACUUAAACAGUUUUAACAAUCCUCCAAGACAAUAUCAGAAAAUAAUGAAGCGUCUGAUUAAAAGAUAUGUACUGAAAGCUCAGAUCGAUAAGGAAAGUGAUGAAGUCAAUGAAGGUGAACUGAAGGAGAUUAAACAGGACAUUUCAAGUCUCCGGUAUGAACUCCUUGAGGAAAAAUCUCAAAAUUCAGAAGAUCUGGCAGAACUUAUAAGGAAACUUGGGGAAAAACUGUCAAUCAACUCUAAAGAAGAAAGCAAGAGAUAACCAAACAUUUAAGAAAUGCAACAGAACAUUGAUCCACUCAAAGCCAUAUUUCUGUUUUUCUCAAGUCUAGCUCACAUUUCUACUACGGAUUCAGAAACCGCAGCAUUCCAAUUCUUUAUUGCAGAAAUCACAGUGGCAAAUCCUGUGUCUAUGGUAAAGAUGAAAUAUGACUUGAUAUUUAUUUAUUCAUUACCCGUUGAAGAGAUAGUUUUAGAUCAUUUUAAAAUUCAAUUUACCUCUUCUAGAACGUGAGCGAAAUCUUAAUAAGCAAACAGGAAAGAUUAAAAACAUAAAUCCAAACUUUUCCUACCUUAACUGGUUGCUUUAACAAAUUUCAUUUAAUAGACAUUCAUGCAUUUGUUUUAAUGAAUCAGAAGAGGGAUAUUCUCGUCAUUUACAUAUUUAUAUCAGAAUCUAUGUAAUUUUUCAAGCAUUCCCAACUAGGAAAAAAAAAAAAAAAAAAAAAAGCUAAUUGCCUUUCUUAAAUAUGUGCAGGAUAUUAAUUUAUUUGAGUGCCUCAUUGAAAGAGAUAGGUAGCAGAAUACUCAGAGGUCUUCCCUACUUAUCUCUAUCACUGCUGAGGCGUCCUGAAAGAUGCCUGGGUUCCAAUGGGAGUCGGUGCAUGAAGAAGGAAAUAUUUUUCACCAAGCUUAUUGAAGAGCUGUUUCUGAGGCCUGAGACAAAUUCUUUUAAAUCCAAAACAAUGAAUCCUUGAAGUUCCAGCUCCCAGGUUCUGCUUUUCUGUCUUGAAGUAAAACUCACAAACUGCAAAGAAAUUUCAAUAAGAGUUAUUUAAAUUGGGAAAUAAUAAAAUAUUAGGUGUGAACCCUCUGAAUUCUGGGGACCUCGAUUCCUCAAAGGUAACAUUGUUUAAAUUGUUGAAUUUUGUUCAGAUGUAUCCACAGCAAAAGAAAACUUGUUGUUCCAAAAGGCCUGAAAUCUCAUGUUUGGAUGUUUUCAUCCCUUGUCCUUUUUUUGCUUUUUCUUUUAUUUUUUUUUCCCUGUGAGAAUGUCCUGUGCUGUGUUUCCUGGGACUUCAUCAAUGAAAAAUCUUUUGCAUCUCAUCAUCAGUAUCCACCAGUGCUUCCACCUUGUUCACUGCAGUACUCCCUUUUCUCUAGCUGGAGGAGAGGUAGUGUAAGCUAAGUCUGAUUGUCAGUUGUGUGACUAACCAGCUAAUACCUACAUGCAGAAUAGUUGGCUGUUUUCUGUUUCUCCAAGUGGAUGUGGGCUAAAUGCCAUCUCAUUUUUCCCUCAAUUAAUACAGUAAUUGGGUUUCUCUUUUCUAACAAUCAUCAAUUCUGAGAUUGUUAUGAACAUUUAUUAUGUUCCUCUUUAAGAUUGUUUAAAGGAAUUAAAAGGGCUGGGAAACAUUUUAAUGCAAACUUCAAGAUGCAUAACACACCUAUAAAAACCUUGUAUGCUUAGGAAACAAGGCUAGCAAUGGCUUGACAGUAAUUGCUUUUAAAGUAGCUUUGUGAAUCUUAUUUAUUGUGGAAUGUGUCAGAAUCUUUCCACGUCUCUCUUUUAGACUGGAGGUAUAAAAAUGUUAUUUUUAAUGGUUGUAGAUUCAUUUCCAUCUGAAUUUAUUGAGAGUCCUUUCUUAAAAAACUUUGGUCAGAUUACUGUGUAUUUUCAGGGGAAAAAAAAAAAAGACUGAAUGAGAACUGGUUUUGCAGCCAUGUAGAGAUACAGGGAACUCUGAGGGGUUCUGUCCCACCUGGAGUGUGGUCAGAUGUGCAGGUUGGUCUUCCCAGGCAGUAUUAACCACGAAUUUGGGGAACUUCUCAGCCUUAUGCUCAGCCCAUGAGGUUUGCCACUAUUGGAGCAUGUGGGACUCAGAUACAAUGAACUCAGGGUUUAGAAAUUUUUAAGGUCUCUUCUUCUGAGGAAGGAGAAAGGAAACGAGUUUUUCAAAGGCACUAGAACAAGAUGUAUUACAAACACUGUGUGUGACUGGAAAACUAUGAGCUACAGAAUAGUCGAUUUGAUAACUUGCCUUUGAUAAUUAAAAAGCAUUACCUCAUAACCUGCUAUGUUUUCUGCAGUAGUCCACAGGGAGUGCUGCAGACUCUGAGAUGGCCGUGAUGGUUGUACAUCAGCAGAGAUGCUCUGGUUUCUGUGUCAGCCACUUUGCAGAAACGAAGGCAGUAGGGGUGGUCUGUGGUUGGAAGUCAGCAUGAAGCCAUCUAUCUUCACUGUCUUUUGGCACCUAGAAGGCUUCUGUCCAUCUCCUUGAGUCAGGAUUGGCUGCUGAUUUUGGAUUCCCACAUGAAUAUCUGCAGCCUGGUUUUCUGAAGUAGCAAGCACUUUCUACGGCUCCAGUUAGUGACCACAUUAGAGACCCCACUGCACAAAGAUUUUCCACCUUUAAGUAAUCUGUCUACCAGAAUUCUAACUUGCAAUUAUAGUCAAAAUUUGCUUUCACUAUGUUUUUUUGUUCAUUGUAAUGUAUAAUUUGGACUCGCGGCCCAGUGCUGGAUGAUGGUAAAACCUUCGAUCUCCAUAAAUGCAGUGUGAGGAAGUGGCACUUAAGGAAAUGUGUAAAUGUAAUUUAAAAUCCUGGCACUUUUAAAGUGAAGAUUUUUCUUACAGAGACAAAAUGGACACUGUGAAUUUGUCUAAGCCCAAAUUUUAUCUUAAAACUAUAGGAUCAUAAUGUAUAUAUUGUAUUUCAUGAAAAAAAAAACCAACAAAAACAUAUGGAUUUUUUUAAUUCAAUGAAUAUAUUUUAUAUGUAGUUAUUACUCAUGGAACAAUUUGUUAAAUAUAUUUGAAGAGGUCUAAUGCCAAAUGUAGUGUGACAAACAUUGUAGUAUUUAAAAUGAGCACAAUACCAAAUAUCUAUUUCUGAUCAAAAAUUAAACAUACCGGACUCAAAA